AUGGCCCGAGGUCUCUUUCUGGGGAAACCCCGUGCCCCACGGGAGACAGACAUUUCCAAUCCCAUCUUUAAGCAUACAGACGCAGUACCACGAAAUGACCUCAAGGCCCUGAAAAAUGGUAGCACAACGCACCAUCGGCCGAUGCAGCAGGCUAACUGCGACACCCAGCGCCCCCGGACAUCAGACGCAGGUCAACAGGGCAGGAGGGUAGAAAUACCCGGGCCUGGGUUCGAUUUUCGCAUAGCGGUGCCUCCAGCUGACGCGAUACAAUCGCCGACAAACAGCGAAAAUGGCUCGGAAGAAAAUAUGAUCGGGAUCGCUCUAGGUAGUCCCCGUUUGGUGGAGCCACAGAACACCUUUUCCCAGAUGCAAGAGAAAGCGCUGGAGUCUGCGCGCGAACGCCCCAAAGCAGCCCCGCAGAUCCAGCGGAAGCCGAGCAAGUGGAGGAAAAUCGGCGGGUUGUUCAAGGCGAGGAAUGCUGUUGCGUCGGGCGCAAGCCAGCCUUUUUACCAGGUCCAGGUUCAAGGUAGUCAGGCGCCUCUUGCACAGGGCUCUUCGCAUUCCAUUGACUAUCAGGCCCGCGAGGCGAAAUCCAACCAUGUCAUGGAUACGGAGGUGUGGCCGUGUCUUGAGCCGGAGGUCAAGGCCGAAGAGAAGCAGCAAAAUGCCAGUGUCGCACAGGUGCCAGCUCAGGAUAGACAACGGCCUGCAGAGUCGAAAUCGGGACCUCUACUGCAGGUUGACAUCCCAAGUGUUGAGUUGGAACGAUACAGCAACCCUAGAAAACAUGAGCGCUCCCAACACCGAGGCAUCGCCGCCAUCACCAGAUCUGCCCCCGCCCCGACGAAGGGCCACCUCGCCUACACGCUCAAACUCCCCAAGACUCUCACUAUUCCCAGCAACACACAAGAGCAAAGCUUCCAAGGUGCUAGGCACGCAAAACCUCCCCCGGGCCCCAGUCCCUUACUCCGAAACCAAGUAUCCAGAGCAGAGUCACGGCAGGAAGAUUUGUCCAAUGAACAAGAUCACAUUCUCCUCAUGAUUCACAGCGACACAAGAAGCUCCCACAAACCCCAAGACUCAGUAUCCUCAUUUAUUUCAAGCACAACCAUCAACUCAGAAGACGAAAAAUUCCUCCUGCAAAAACUCAAGCCAGUCCAAACCUACGUCGACCCCAAAGGCGAGCCAGAAUGGGAGAUGAUCAACAAGCGGAAACCAUCUGCAGACGAAACAAAAUCGCAGAAGUCAACCCCAGCGCUUUCCCUCAACACCCAAGAACUAUCGCCGGAGCUAGUGAACAGUGAGUCGACGGCAUCAUCUCCGAUCCUCUCGCCUCUUGCCGCCGUCCAACAAAGAUUCUCUCCGUUAUCGCCCUCGGAUAGUAAUAAAUCUGCCGUCUCACCAGCAGACACCAUCCGAAUGCCCCUCGCCAACGAAACCAAACCUGAAGAAGACGACAAGACGACGGAUGAGCAUGAGCUCGCAGAUCCCAUCCCGGAUGAGGAACUGGAGUCAGAAGCCGAACAGGAGCACGACGAGCAAGACCCAGAGCCGGCCGAUCCCCUCCCGACCAUCGAGAUCUCCAUCGCAAGAUCUGUUUCCGUAUCAAAGAGGAAGCAAGUCUUGGUCCCGGUGGGACGGCGGCCAGACCGUCUUACUCCCCGGGCUAGAACUCCCCAAAUGGUGGAUGGGCAGUACGGUCAUCGACAUGGCAAUUCUCAGGAUGCUCGUAUUGAAAGUGUAUGA